GAGUGAGUGAAGGAGGGAGUGAGGGAGUGAGUGAGGGGAGGGAGGAUGAUGGCGGAGCCGGGCGCCGAGCCGGACCCGGACACUACCGGUGAAUGGUUCUGGCACCAGCGGGUGUCCCCCGGCCUCUACCUGAUCCGUGAGCGCUUCUUCGAGGCGGCGAAGCGCGCCAACAUCUGGCUGCUGCAGGGUUCCCAGCGGGACCUGGUGGUGGACAGCGGCCUGGGCCUGGUCAACCUGCACGGCUUCCUGCGGGCCCGCGGCCUGAUCGGCUCCAAACCCGUGCUGGUCGUCGCCACCCACGUCCACUUCGACCACUCGGGCGGCCUGCACCACUUCGACCGGGUGGCCGUGCACAGGGCCGAGGCCAGCGCCCUGGUGCAUGGGGACAACUACGAGACGGUCACCUGGCUGUCUGACGCCGAGAUCUCCAAGGCCCCUCAGCCGGGAUGGAAAGCAGAUACCUACAGAGUGAAGCCUGUGCACCCUUCCCGUGUCCUAGACGAGGAUUCUCUCAAGCUCUGUCAGGUUGGAUGGGGAGCGUCGAUGCACAGCUAUUUUCAGGUCCCUCCAGAGAUGUUCGAUCGGGUUCAAGCCCGGCCUGUGGCUGGGCCACUCAAGGACAUUCUCAGGCUUGUCACAAAACCACUCCUGCGUUGUCUUGCAUGUGUGCUUAGAGUCGUUGUCCUGUUGGAAGGUGAACCUCCGCCCCAGUCUGAGGUCCAGAAUGCUCUGGAGCAGGAUUUCAUCAAGGAUCUCCCGGUACUUUGCUCCGUUCAUCUUUCCCUCAAUCCUGAUUAGUCUCCCAGAUCCUGUCACUGAAAAACAUCCGCACAGAAUGAUGCUGCCACCACCAUGCUUCACCGUAGGUAUGGUAUUGGCCAGGUGAUGAGCGGUGCCUGGUUUCCUCCAGUCAUGACGCUUGGCAUUCAGGCCAAAGAGUUCAAUCUUGGUUUCAUCAGACCAGAGAAUCUUGUUUCCCAUGUCUUUUGGCAAACUCCAAGUGGAUUGUCAUGUGCCUUUUACUGAGGAGUGGCUUCCACUCUGUCCACUCUACCAUAAAGGCCUGAUUGGUCGAGUGCUGCAGAUAUAGUUGUCCUUCUGGAAGGUUUUCCCAUCUCCAUAGAGGAACUCUGAGCUCUGUCAGAGUGACCAUCGGGUUCUUGUUCACCUCCCUGCCGAAGGCCCUUCUCCCCCGAUUGCUCAGUUUGGCGGGCGGCCAGCUCUAUGAAGAGUCCUGGUGGUUCCAAAUUUCUUCCAUUCAAGAAUGACGGAGGCCACUGCUCUUCAGGACCUAAAAUGCUGCAGAAAGUUUUAUAUCCUUCCCCAGAUCUGUGUCUAGACACAAUCCUGUCUCGGAGGUCUAGGGACAAUGUCUUCGUCUUCAUGGCUUGGUUUUUGCUCUGACAUGCACUGUCAACUGUGGGGCCUUAUAAAGCCAGGUCUGUGCCUUUCCAAAUCAUGUCCAAUCAAUUUAAUUUACCACUAGUGGACUCCAAUCUAGUUGUAGAAACAGGAUGAACCUAAGCUCAAUUUUGAGUGCCAUAGCAAAGGUUCUAAAUACUUAUGUAAAUGUGAUCUUUCAAUUAUUUAUUUUUAAUUACUUCGCAAAAAAUUCUAAACACCUGUUUUCGCUUCUUCAUUCUGGGGUAUUGUGUGUAGAUUGAAAAAAAAUAAUUUAAUCCAUUUUAAAAUAGGCUGUAACAUAACAAAAUGUGGAAAAAGUGAAGGGGUCUGAAUACUUUAUAAAUGCACUGUAUCUAAAUGUGUUAUUGUAGUUUACUUUGUGGAAAAUAAAUCUUGCAGUCAGUAUUCUAAAAAAAAUGGAAUGGUAGUGUAUAUAAUACAAAUGCACCUCAAUAUGAUGAAUGUAAGGCCACAUUUAAUAAUUUAGUAUCUGACAUAAUUGUUUUAAUGUCACAUGAAUAAAUCCCAUGUUUUGUGUG